AUGAGCAACAAGCAGCUUCCAUUGCCACCACGGUUUGCGCCGGAGAUUCAAUGUUAUGAGGCGCGCCAAAUCGCUGUCCACAAAGAUCCUCAAACGAUCGAGAUACAAGCCCUCCAUCGCGAGGUCGGGUCGCUCAAGGCGGAGGUGGCGCUGCUGGUAGAUCGGAUCCGCUCCCUCACGGACGAGAACCAGAGACUUGUGGAGGGAUAUGUUCAGAGUGAUCACUUGCGCCAAGACAUCCAAGGCUACCAAGAGGCUCUCAAAAAUAUCAUGAGGUACACUCUUGUCACCGUCUCGGAAUGUCGAGCAAAAGCCAAGGAAAGACAAGUCCAACCUGAAGCGGGAAAGGCUGUGCCAACGGGAGACAAGACCUGCUCCAUUAGUUGGGAUUCGGGAACUGUUCAUCUAGCGGAGGCAUCCGCGCUUAUUUGA